CCGCCACGAGCCCCUGCGCAGGCCGAGGGCACACAGAAAUCGUCCUGGGACAGGGAGCCAGGGAGAACCAAAGGAAAGCUCUGGGGGCGGGGCUACUCAUUUCACAUGCUUGGCCUCAUUCCUUUUGUGCCCAGGGCCGGAACCCCGUUUUUCUGGGAAUAAGUGUGUUCCGCGUGGAGGUGAAGCAACGAGAUAGCAGCGCUAGGGGGAGGGCGUGGCGUUCCCAGGAAGCGGGCGCGGGGCGCAGGCGCGUGGCGCCACCGUUCGUUCGUGGCCUGGCCGGGGUGCUGGGUGUCGGCAAACCAGCGGGUGGGGCUCUGAGAUGGCCUCGGAGCCACCCUGCGCCCCCGGCUCCCCGGAAGCCCCGGACAAGGGCAAGAAGACAGUGUCACAGCAGUGUGAAGUACAGCCGCCUUUGGUCCACUCCGGCGACAUUGAGCAUCCGCCCCAGAAGCUGCCCCGUGCGGCCCUGGUCAGGGGCUAUGGCCGCUUCCAUCUGUCGAUUGUGGAAGCACGCCAGGGCCAGCUGCUGUCCCACUUGGACCCCCUGGAGGUGGGCAAGCGCUCACUGCCAUCCGAGAAGCACCCGAUGCCUGAGGAGAAGUUCUGGGGCGACCAGGAGUCCCUCUCCAAGAUCCCAUUUAAAAUUAUGAAGGGACACAGUCACAUUGUGAGUUCCUGUAACUUCUGUGUGGAUGACACAAAGCUCCUCAGUGGCUCCUAUGACUGCACUGUGAAGCUGUGGGAUGCUGUGGAUGGCUCAGUCAUUCGGGAUUUUGAGCACAGGCCCAAUGCUCCUGUUUUAGAGUGCAGCGUGACGGCUGACAGCAAAAGAAUUAUUGCAGCGUCCUAUGACAAAGCAGUGAGGGCUUGGGACCUUGAGACAGGCAAGCUGCUGUGGAAGAUCAACCAUGAAACCUUCAUAGCCUCCUGUAAGCUUUCUCCUGAUGGCAAAUACGUGGUCUCAGCCUUGGACGUGGAUCGCGGAAUCUGUAUAACAGAUGCGGAAAACGCCACCACUGUGUCACACAUCAAAAAUCAUCACAGCCGGUCUCUCACGGCAUGCUGCUUUGACCCCGACAGCCAGAAGGUGGCUUCCGUCUCAUUGGACAAAAGCAUCAAGAUCUGGGAUAUUACAUCCCAAGCCACGCUGCUCACCAUCACCAAGGCACAUUCCAGUGCGAUCUCUAACUGCUGUUUCACCUUCAGUGGCCAUUUCCUGUGUACAAGCUCUUGGGAUAAAACCUUAAAAAUCUGGAAUGUCCAUACAGGGGAGUUUCGAAACUGCGGAGCCUGUGUGACUCUGAUGCAGGGCCAUGAAGGUUCUGUGAGCUCCUGCCACUUUGCCAGAGACACCUCUUUUCUCGUGUCUGGAGGGCUCGACAGGACUGUGGCUAUCUGGGAUGUAGGAGAAGGCUACCGGAAGCUCUCCUUGAAGGGCCAUAGUGACUGGGUGACAGAUGUUGCCAUUAGCAAUGACAAGAAACGGGUCCUGUCUUCUUCAAAGGAUAGGACCAUGAGACUAUGGAAUAUUGAAGAAAUUGACCAAAUUCCUUUGGUCAUAAAGUACAAAAAGGCCCUGGGCUCAAAGGUGAAACAGUGUGAAGUGUGUGACAGGCCUUUCUCCAUCUACGAAAGUGACAUCUUUUCUGAAACCGUCACCAAAUGUGUGUUCUGCCGGAUGGAUGCAAAAGACUUGUCAGCAGAGGCCUCAUCAUCAUCCGGAGGGGAAGACUCACUGGCAAGGGAGUGCAGCCCGGCCACAGAUGACUGA